AAAAUGAAUCAAUUGCUUAAAACUUUAUAAAUUUAAAAAAAAAAAAAUGAAUUUUGCACGCAUAGCAGUGAGAAAAGGUUUUGCAGCCAUCACAAUUGGAAGAUGCCAACCGGUAUUAGCACACAGAAAUUAUGUUUCACAAAAAAGUAAAGUGAAUCUAAUCAAAUUCCAUUUGGAAUCGAAGUUACAACAUUUAGAAGCCAGGGCACUGUCCACACCAAAUGCUUUACGUUUGGCCCACAAAAGUGCCGCCACACAAACAGGCACAGCUGCAACGACCAGUACGGCUGUAAAUCACACGAAUAAGAAACGUAAAAAGCGAACGGAUCGCACUGAUUUGGCGGCGUUGGGAUUUUUUAAUGUCACUGCGUUCUCCACGGCUGAGGAAUACGAUUUGGAACAUUUGUUUAUAGCAUUAAAAGAGCAAAGGCUGUAUGAAGCCAAAAAAUUCUUCUCCACCGACAAUUUAGGCGUGGAACAGGAUGUACUUUAUGUCACAGCCAAGUACCAGGUGGCCGCAGAAGUUAGAGAUAUGUUUUUCUUUCGCGAGGGAUCAGUGGUAAUGUGGAAUUUCAGUGAUAUCGAGACUAACAAUGUGUUGUCAUUUCUAAGACCAUUUGAAAAGGAGCCCUAUUUGAAGCCUUUAGUGCGCAGCGAAAGUGAAGUAAUGCCCUUUACUUAUAUACCACCUUCGGCUGUGGACAUUGAAGGUGACUUGGUGGCUUCGUCUGAUGUAGAACCCGCUAAAGCAUUUUUUCAAAAUGGCAAAUUCUUUUUAACUUCCGGUGAAGAUAACUUCUAUAACAAAUAUACAUUUUCCAAUGCCAUGGCCACUUCCAUUAAAUUGGGUAUUUGGGAAGCUACCUUAGAUCGCUAUAUUGACUCUAUGGCAUUCUUAACCGAUGAUAUGAAGAAGGGUAAACGUAUCCGCAUUUCCAGAGAAGAAGUUUUACGUAAAACUGGUGAAUUGUUAGCUUUAAGACAUGUCAUUAACUUAUCCUCCGAUUUAUUGGAUACACCUGACUUCUACUGGGAUCGGGAGGAUUUGGAAGCGUUAUAUGUACAAGUAUGUAACUAUUUUUCGAUAUCAAGACGUACCAAGGUAAUGAAUGAGAAAAUUAAUCAUUGCGUUGAGCUGGCUGAAUUAAUAUCGCACAAUUUAAAUGAAGCCCACAAUACACGCUUGGAGUGGAUGAUUAUUAUAUUGAUUAUGAUUGAAGUGGGCUUUGAAAUUAUCCACUAUAUCGAUCGUUAUUAUGGCAACGAAGAAGAUGAUGACCACAAACCCAAGCGUUCGCCAACUAAUCCUAGUAUACAGUCAAGUUCUGCAAAUCACAUUUCAUAAAUGUGCACAUAAUUUUAUGAUUUUAAACCGUUCGAUUUCAAAUCACUUAUUUUUGUAGAUUUGUAAUAAAUUGCUUAAAUGAAUAAUUUGAUGUGUUCAUUUAUCAUUUAUGUUGUAAAAUUAGAUAUUUUAUAAAAAAUCAUAAAAAUUACAAAUUUCUAUAUUUGUGAUUUAGCUGAUGUAUGUAUGUAUUAUUUAAAUAACUAUUAAAAAUUUAAUAGUUUUUGAUGUAAAUUUAAAAAUAUUUAAGCUAAAUGCAAUCAUAUUUUUUUUGAACAAUGUUUCCUUGUGAUUUUGGAUAUUUAGAAUCACACCGAAAAAUACUAACAAGCACAAAUCACACGUGUUAUCUAAAAAACGAUUAGUGAUUUGAAAUCGUGUGGAUUUCUGAACAGGGCGUAUACAAUAAUUUUGAAUGUAUGUAUUUCAACUUAUUUAAAAUUAAAAAUUUCUUGGCAAUUGUAUUAUUAUUUAAAAUAUUUUUGUUAAAAAAAGAAAACACGAACAAAUUAAAAAGCAAUUUUGUUUAAAACAAAUUUAAAAAAUACCACAAAAUAAAACAAUUUAAAAAAUAUCAAUAAAAAUUAUUUUUAUA